GGGAGAGACAAGACAGAGCGGUAACACGGCGGACUUUUUGGAAUGUACAACUUUUCUACUGCUGGUUUUACAAGGCGUACACGUUUUCACGGUGCUCCAUGAUUGUGAGAGGAAUAAAAGAAUUGUGGACAUCAGUACGAAGCGUGGAUUCUUUCGACCAGAGUAGAUACAGUGAAAACGUGUCCCAAUCCAUCUGGAGGCUUUGGUGUGCAAAGCUCUUCUCAUCCUGCAACAAGCUACAGGUCUCGAUUUGCAACGCGCUUCUCCUCCUGCAGCAAACUACAGGCUUCGGUGUGCAAAGCUCUUCUCAUCCUGCAGCAAGCUACAGGUCUCGGUUGCUUCUCAUCCUGCAGUGAGCUACAGGCUUCAGUGGACACGUCGCUUUGCAUUCUGUGACAACCAAACGGGAGCUGCAGAUUCAGCGGACACUCCAAGAAGUGGUUUCAGGCUAAAGCGUGAGUCCUCAGGCUAUAUUGCGCAGUUAUUAUGCCUCAAGAGUUGAUGGAUAGAACAUGAGCUACAAAUUUGCUAUAAUGGACAAGAAAUUAAUAGUGUUCAAAUUUCAGACUGUGUAAAAAAAAAAAAAAAGACAAUCUGUGGAAGUUCUGGUAAUUAUUGUUGCUUUCUUACCUAUUGUUUGCAAGCUUCAUGAAGGCUGAAACUGAAGAUUUAUUUGCUGUCAUACGUAAGAAUCUAAGCUAAGGUGGCUUUGUGUUAAUUUUAAUAAUUGUCCGCCUAUUACAUCCAUUCCAUUUUUUAAUUACCUUAGAUAUCUUGUCCUCUUCAUAAGAUACCCCCUUUAAAGUCUGAAAAUGUCUAAAGAUGGUCACAGUCACCGUGAUGUUAUGUCAGAAGUACAAGAUGCAGGGGAUUUGGAAGAGGGAAAAAGUGUAGUGUCUGAGAAAUCUGAGACAAAAACAAGAAAAUCCUCUCGUGAAAGGCGAUUAACGCCAAAAAUGCAGGAACUGAAAGAUCAAGAGUUAACUCAAAAGGAGAAGAGGUUCAAAGCAACAUAUGAGAAAUGGAAAAGCAAUGUAAGAGACAUUCGCACAAGGUUAAAGCAAGUAUGCUCUGAGUGUGACAUGUAUAAUAUGAUGGAUGAGGCUGAGAAGCUAGAGUCUGAAUUAAAGGAACAGUAUGACAGAAUUCGACUCCAAACCUCACCAAGUCAAGAAAUUCGAAGAAAGAUCGAUGCAUGCUCAGCCGUGACGGCCGAUUUGCUUCAGCUGAUGAGAGUACGUCUGACUGAAGAUGAAGGUGAGUUUGACACGGUGGCAGAAAGAUCAAGGUUACGCAUGCUACUUGAUAAUGAAUAUGCUAGGUCCAUAUAUGGAUCCACAGCCUCCAGAGUUACUGCACCCAGCUGUCACAAUUCCAACCAUCUCUCAGAGUCACCUAGCAUCUCAGCUAUGAGGGCGGAAGCAGCUGCUCAGCUGGCUGCAAAGAGAGCCGAAAUUGAUAUGGAAGCUGCCAUCGAAGCUCAGCGUCAGCAGUUGAGAAAACUUGAAAAUCAGAGGGACAUUGAUGUCAUUCAGGCAAAGCUAAAUGUCUACACUGAAGAAGAGGGAAGGGAUGGGACAUGCAGUCCUCCAUUCAGCAAAGUGAGUGAUGCACGCCCCUUCGCUCGCCACAUCCCAGAUGAAGAACGGCAGGUUGCACAAAACGAGACAUCAUUGGUCCAAUUGCUACAAGAGUCAUUAGCCCUCACUCGCUUGCCAACUCCAGAACCUUCUGUAUUCUCGGGUGAUCCUCUGAAGUUCACAGAAUGGAGCAUAAGCUUCAAAGCCCUUAUAGAGAGACGAUGCUCUGACCCUGCAGACAGGCUAUUCUACCUGCAAAAGUACAUAGCAGGUGAGGCAAAAUCUUUUCUUGAAGGCAGCUUCUACAGAAAAGAUGAAGAAGCCUAUCAACAAGCAUGGGAUAGGUUAAAUGCUAGAUAUGGCCAUUCCUUUGUAGUGCAGCGGGUUUUCAGAGAGAAGCUAAAUGGGUGGCCGAAGAUUGGUGGAAAGGAAUAUCUCAAGCUAAGAGAGUUCAGUGAUUUCCUCCAAACAUAUAGUAAUGCCAUGCCUCACAUAAAGGGCUUACAGGUUCUUAACAACUGUGAGGAGAAUCAGAAAAUACUAGUCAAGCUUCCUAAUUGGGUGACAUCUAGAUGGAACCGUUAUGUCACAGAGCAGCUAGAUCGGGGCAACGACUAUCCAAGCUUUCAUGAGUUUACUUCCUUUAUCUCUAAGGAGUCACGCAUAGCAUGCAAUCCAGUGUCAUCCUUACAUGCCUUAAGACACUCUGCAGAGGCACCACCCAGAGAGAUGAAGCGUUCAAAAGCAAACACGUUUGCCACAAAUGUGAACCCCCCAAUUCCAUCAAGCUCCACCGCUAAAUCUGACCUUGGUGAAAUCAAGUUGAGAGAUGCAGAGAAACCAAAGAAAUGGAACACACCAACACAAAAUUCCAAUAAUAGCCAGUGUAUUUGCUGUAGUGAGAACCAUUCCAUACAUAAAUGCAAGAGGCUUAUGGACAUGUCUGUAGAGGAUAAGAAAAAAUGCAUACUUGAAAAUAAGUUGUGUUUUGCAUGUCUAAGAAAGGGUCACAAUUCUAAAGAAUGUAGAAACAGGGCCACGUGUGGCAUAUGCAAAAAGAGUCACCCAACGCCAUUGCAUGAAGAUCGUUCUACAGCAGGAGCACCAUCAAUACAAGGCGCAGUUGAAGAAAGUACGUCGUCAUUAUCAUGUUGUGUGAGUGGAGGUGAAGGUGGGAGUACGUCGAUGAUAGUCCCAGUGUGGAUCUCAACACUUAGUGCUCCGGACACUGAAACCCUAGUAUAUGCACUAUUGGACACUCAAAGCAGUCACACAUUUGUUGAUCAGGAGGUGUGCGAAAAACUGCAGGCAACAAUGGAACCAGUGAAACUUAAACUUUCCACCAUGAUGGGGAGAGACUCAGUCGUGAAGAGUCAAAGAGUAUGUGAGCUCAAAGUUAGAGGAUUCUCCUCUAACAUUUCCAUCAGCUUGCCUCCAGCCCACACAAGGGACUUCAUUCCUCUUGACCGUGCACAUAUUCCCACUUGUCAGACAGCCAACAAAUGGAAACACCUUGUCAGCAUAGCCCAGGAGAUACCUCCGUUGAUGGACUGUGGUGUUGGAUUGUUGAUUGGAUACGACUGCUCCAGAGCGUUAAUUCCAAGAAGGGUCAUUACUGGGGGCGACUAUGAGCCUUAUGCUAUUGAGUCGGACCUUGGUUGGAGCAUUGUGGGAAGCGCACCACAGCGUAUGCAGGCUAAAGAUGUGACUGGUUUUUGCCAUCGAGUGUCUGUCAGAGAGGUGCCACCCAUAACACCAUUUGCUGUCAUCAAGGCCCUUGUCAGGAGUUUUCCUGUAGUGCAACUCAGGUUGGAAUAAAUGACACACAGACAGGUUUGCAAGUUUAACGUGCACACGGGUGAGAGCUCAACGGAGACUCACACCCUGCAGCAGUUGUCAGCCUUUAUUUAUACUCAAGCAUAUUUGUGUAGCAUGUUCUUCUCAGAGACGUACAGGAAGAGAUAAAAUAGAACUGUGCUGCGUGCAGGCUUCCUGUUGAGCUU